AUGGAGGAAUCGCAGGCGCCCUCUUACGUUCCUGUAGGAGAGGAGGAAGAACGGCGGAAGGGGACACCCUUGAGAGACGGCGAGAAGAAAGCCAUCUCGCACUUGCUAUUCUCCAACGACAACGACAGCCCAGAUGCGCACGCGUUCGACAAGAAAAGUGCGUCUCCUCCCACGAACACACCAGUCGUGUCUUCUGGUCACAGUACUACAACAACGACGCAGGGCGCCGAUGAUAAAGACCUAAACGACGUUUUAGAGGACCAACAUGUACCUUAUGUCCAUUGUCUCGAUGGUCUAAAACAGCAGGUGAAGAUGUCAGGACACCAACAACCUCUUGCGUCUUCUGGUGCCGAAGGAGCACCUGCUGCACCACCUCCUGUACCAGAAGUGGAAGCAGGAAGCACCGAGGACAAGAAUAGAAACAAUGAUGUCCACAUCACUACUACCAGGACUACUAAUAUCAAGGACGGCCGAAGUAGUCCUCUUCAAAAUAUGGGUAGUCCUACAAUCGGCGCAAAAAGCAGUAGUAGUCCAACGACGCCAACCUCUUACAAGAUGAAUCAAGAAAGUCGUACAACUCCUUAUGUGGUUGCGCAGAGCCCGGCCAUGUUGCCUCCUGCAGCAACGCUAGGGCUCCCGCCACGGCAGACGAGUUCACAGAGCGCAGCAAGCUACAAAGCGGCGCACCCAACUAUUUACGAAGGUGAAAAUGAAAAUCUGUCUGAUGCAGGGUCCGGCAGCACAGGUGCUGCGGAUGGAGCCGAACCGGAACAGAAAGACCAGAACAACGGUCGUCAGCAGAAUAAUGGUGGAGCUACCUCCCAGAGUAUGAAUAGCGGAACAAUGGGAGCAGGAGGAACCUCGACUCAACAAGGACAAAAUGACGGCGCGGGGGGAGCAGGAUCUUCAUGGACCUCGCUUGGGCAGAAUCAUGUCGACGAUGGCAGUACCAUGAAACAGGUUCGGCGGCAACGCAGUGACGAUGACAUUGCGAACGCUUCUACGAUGGCACUUACCAAAGGUUCCUGCGAUUCCGGUUCGGCCGCUGGCUGGGCAAAUGUAUUGCAUGAGGGGCACCCGCAGACAGUGGACGAGGGCACAAGGGAAGGCAGCCCUCUGGUCCAGCUCUCGCCUGCUGGCGGUCUCGUGGGCAUGCGGUCGACGUCCCUGGACUCGGCGCACAUGACUAUUCCCGACGGCAGCAUGGGAGGGGUGAACAAAUUGCUCAAUACCGAGCCUCACUACCUCCUCAACUCCUCCCCAGCCACGUCCUCGUCCGGGAACAUGCACAGUGUCAUCAACUCCGAACCCGGGGGUGCUGCGAACCCCGCGACACCCACGCAGACAACGCAGACCGCGAACAGUUCCGCAGACCGCGGAGCUGGAGGAGCGCCGCUGUCAGGAUCAGGUUCACGAGCGCCAGCCGCGUCCGUCACCUCGUCUCAAGCAGGUGGAAGUAGUACUAGCAUUGACGGGUGGUCUCACGCAAGCCACGUUCACAGUGCGCGACAUGCACUGCGGGAGGCCAUCAUGAGUCUGCAGAACGUGAUGCAGGAGGCCUCGCGAGCCCUAGAAAGUGCCGAAAGGUCUGCAGUGGAGCUGGCCACCACCUCCCUCGACGCACCGGAAGAGCUGGAGGCGGUGGCCAACGCAGCGGCGAUGGCGAAGCAAGCGGCGCUGCUGCAAAGACAGGCCCACCAAGCGGCGGCAGUGGUGAAAACCACGGGGCUUCAGCGUCCGUCCCCUGCGUCGAUCACGGGGCUGCAACUAGUACCCACUUCUUCGGCAACCCUAAACGGAGUAGUUGUGCCGAUGCCUCCGACAUUACCAGGUGGUAGUUUGCAGCCAGGAAACACUGGAGGAAAGUUCGAGCCACAGAAGCUCAGUGAAGAAAAUAUCCACGCGUUUAUGGGCAGCCAGCGAGAGCUCCCUGCUUCAGGUACUUAGCAAUUUACUAUAGAUACUUUGAGAUUUGAGUGGAACAUGAUUAUCAAUUGAUCAUCAUAUUACAUAUGGGGUCACAACUUUUUCUAUAUAUUUAAGUGGAACAUGAUCAUGGACAAGUGUCUGUUUAAGAUUUAAGACAGGCACUUGAUAUAGUGCAUUCAUUAUUGAUAGUAUAACACCAUGAAGAUUACAGUCUAGAAGUGUGAAGACUUGGUAGCUAGUUAAAAAGCUUUUGUCGUGGAGGAUGUUCCUCACUUCCAUAUUGAUACAGCACUGCUCGAUGCCUCGCGAGUACGUUUCGUCGCUGCAGCCGGUGACGAGCAGGCGCGAAUGAAUGGAACUGUUCGUGGUCAAGUCGAAGAUGAAGCAGAUGGAACCAACAAGGGGUUGAUCGGUGAAGGAGGCAAGGGAGUCGUCCCGCAAGGGGAUAUCCCCUUUGCAGGCUGCGGUGAGAGUGUGAGCACCAUGAUUUCCUCCUCUACGGCUUGCCCUCCACAGCUAGGGCAGGCCCGCGGCAGCACUGGUAGGCACAUCUCGACGACGAGCAUGCUGCACAGCAGUGAUGCGAGUUAUGAGGCAUCAAAUACUGUGCUAAACGUGACGCCAGGCGUCGAGGACUCCCUACUGGUGUCAUCGCAGAGUCGGUGCAUGACGAAUCAGGUCAGCGCGCCGAGGCUGCUAUCGCGUACUUCCAGCAGUCCAGGCGGUCAGUCGUCUGGCCCAGCUGGCGCACUCUCCGGAUCAACGUUGGGAACGCUGCGGCGAGGUGGACGGGGCCGCAGCGCUGCGAAAGUAGAUGAUGACGAUGACUCUGUCUUUUCUGUGCCCGCUGGUGGAAGCUUAAUGGCGGCUACAGCACCGCGUGUCAAUAAGUACUUCAUAUUGAUGUUGUUUGAGUAGAAAGAUUCUGAAAAAAGUAAAAUUUCUGAAAGAAGUAAAAUUCCUAGUAAUUUUCUUUUUUUUGACAAUGUUAAUGUGUAUUUGAAAAACUUUGAGCUCUUGAUGCCAUUGAAUACAUAUGAAUGUAGAUUCAUAUAGAACAUAUCUGUGUGCAGGAUUCACAUUCAUUUCAUGUGCAAGAUUCACAACCUAACCUAACGUGUCUGUGUGGUGGAUUUCCUUUUCGACAUCUUCAUCAAAAAAAUAUCUUCCUGCAUUAUCUGCACCACGCAGACCACUUCCAGCGGAUAUGGACACUCUGGGUCAUGACGAUAUGUUUUUGGAGGAAGCAGGAAAAACUGUGAUGAUCCCUCGCCUACUUUCUCGAGCUUCGUCCGGCACGCGAACUUACAACGCGCCCUCCAGUGUAUACUCCGCCGGUGGAGCAAAUGAGGCUAUUAGUAGACACGCCUCCCAAGAGAGUGGUAAUAUCCUUCACAAUGUUGAACAAGUGUUGUUGAUGAUGUCACUACAAUUUUUAUGUGGACUACUCUCAUUUUUGUCUACUGCAGUAUCUUCAUGAAGAUCGCGGGUCAUCUUCUAUCUAAGCCUAAGGUCCUUGUCUUUCUCAUUUUUAUGUCAUCAACAAAUAACUACCAUCAACAACAUUGUUUGCAGCUCAAAGCGUGACGCUGAGAAAUAGCGACUCUGGAUACGAGGCGUCGUGGUAUGUCGUAAAUAGCAGGACAGGUGCGGUUGAGCUUCGACGACACACGUCGAAUUAUAGCGUUUUGUCACGACAGGUUUCAUCCCCGACUGUGUGCGACGGCGACUUAACACUGUCGCGGAAUGCGUCCUGUGAUAGUGGGGAAGGGGGCAGUACUUCGGGCGGCAUCAUUGGAACGAACAGCACGUCUUUCGUGCCUCCGCACCAGAAUGCCAACAUGAGCGUGAACACGAACAUGAACGGGCCGCUGUGUCUUGCAUCCCUCAACGGGGUAGGAGUACGAGAUAGCCCCUCCAACGCCUUUCCCGUAGUGAAGAUGUCGAGUCCCGAGAGGAUCACGGCUAGCUCAUCCCUUGGCCCCGUAGGAAGUGACUUUAUAGGGAACAACCAGCAGAUGCUACGAAAAUCACCCACCGCAAACGAACACUUCGAUAUGCAAGCUGCUACGUACAACCAAGCGGCGACGAGCAAGGGCUUCGAACCUUACAGCCGCGUUGUGAAUGACGGCGCCGGCAGUCAUUCGAGCUCACGCUCUUGUCUUGAUGCUACUACGGCAAGCGAGGGCAAAAUCGAACGAACAAGUGCUGCCUACUAUCUUAGUGGAGUGAAUGCGAACAAGGCUCUCAGUGGGGGUGCAGGGGCAGGAGGUCCGGUUCAACAGCUGAACAAUAGCAGUUACUGUACUCCCGACGCUAGCGCAGCCCACCCUGUAGAUCACAAUACAUUGGUUGAGACGGCGUCGUCUGCUGCUUCAUCCGGUCCACGGCUACCGUUACCUGUGGGUUCAUCUCCUGACGGAACCUCUCUUCUGCCAGGAGGCUCGUCUUUUCCUAGUUCUAACGGUCAUGGUGUAAAUUCUCAAAUACAGCAGCAACGCGCAAAGGGGGAAAUGUUCCUGCUGCCAUUUUUUGGCAGCGAAGCGGACUAUGGCACUGUCGUGGAGACCAUGCUUCCCGGCGUUGUGGACGAAAUCGUUCCAUCGAGGAGGUCGGACAACGAUUAUGAUAAUAUUUCUAAAAGUCCGAGUGGUAUUCGUUCUUCUGCCGUUUCCCGAUCCCAGACAGGAAGUAUCGAGACCGAUUCGUUACUAAACGGUGGAGGCGUCGCCAAUCGCAACAACAGCAAGAGUAACCCGCCUCCAACGGUGUUAGGAGGCCAGCUGCAGGGCGUUGAUGAGCAAAAGUUAAUACAACGAGACAACAAGGGCGACAACUUGAACGUGUCGAAUAAUGGCGUAAGAAAUACGUCAACAGGAGCUGUCGGGUCCUACAACGCUCUACUGAAUGCUGUAGUGGAUCACGAGUCUGCUAGCGGUAGAGGGGUAACCCCUGUGGGAUCAGUGCGUGUCAUACCCGGGAGAAUUGCGCUACCUCAGACUCCGGGUGGUGGGGACUCCAUCUCCGCCCGAAGGGGGAAACAAGGUUCAGAGGAUAGCGCCAUCAAGGAUCAUCAGGCGGCGCCUUUGAUCAUCAAGCAAAGUAGCGCGACAUCAAACACAGCAGUUGAGCAACAGCGUACGCAAAAAGUACUUCCUACGAGCCCCACCUCUUCAGCGACCUCCUUUUUCCCCAACACGAGCCCAUCCCAACAUCCCAGCGACGUGGAUUCCCGAGCCCGUUAUCGCAGCAAGCACGGCCAGAGCCAACUCACGUCCUCGAGCAGCGGCACGGUCACUACAACUGCGUCGGGUCCCUCCGUCGCUUCGUCGGUGUCUGUUCGCGGCCGGGGCCCCGGACAGGUUUCAGAACCCACGGCGACCAAUGCCAGCGAAGUGAUGGCCGGCAGUAACCGGCCACCGCACCUCCGCGAGUACGCCCCACCCCCAAGAGAACCUCGAAACCCGACCAACGCACCGCAAGUCAAAGGCAUUCCAAGCGGUGCAGCUCUUCGCCUAGUCGAGGCUGAAGGGACCUCCACAACAACCUCCAAGGUGCUGCAAGCGAUGAAGCGGCCUCAGGGUAUACACCAACGAGCAGCCUUUAUUGAGUCUACAUGUAAGUAACAGAAAGAGGUUAACUUCUAGGUAAUCAAUCAGUACCCAUACCCAUUUGUAAUUGUAGUUAUCAUGAUAUAAGCAGUAUAGAUACAAUCAAAAGUUCAAACUUGAAUGCAGCUCCUGGCAACAAUUCCUAUUUGCUGUAUUGAAGUUGAUGUACAAGGGGACUUUCUUCAGUCUGUGAAUCUGAUAUCUAAACCGCGACCUAGUAUGAUCAUCCAAAUUACCACUGACCCAUUUUCAUCAUCAUCAUACCGCAAUUCCCCUAGGUCCGGAGUAUUUUGAGAAUAUUAUGAGGGACGAAGCGCAGGAGGAAGAAGUUAGAGAUAUUGCGCGCAGGAUGGCGGACUUGAUGAACAUAGAGUUGUACGGGCUCUUGCCCUACCCCAGCAGCGGCGAAAGUGAUUGUCCCGAUGGUUAAGGCUCGAUGCAAUUCAUUUCCACGGGUCUCUUUCUUCUGUUUCCUUCUUAUAGGAUUCUGAAGAAAUGAUGGGGAUGAAUGGAUUCGAUUGCUUUGAGUUCUAAGAUGGUUCAGGACUCAAUUCUUUGCAAAACGAGAGGCUUCCAGCUUUGCGGGAGGCGAGUCUAGUGCAGCUCCAGGGCGGACCUCCGCAGCUGCGUGACGACCAGGGGAGUCGAGACGAGGGAUCUUCGUGUGGGAGUCGCCGUACCGUAGGCGGCGACUCGCAACAACCGGUCUCCAGCAGUACAGCUCCCGGACCGGAAAGCUCGAGCCAUCGCGCCACAACGUGUUCUUCGACCAAGGUGUCGAGUGCCCUCCCAAGUUUCCCGCCUAGAAGUACUGGCAACGAUGAGGACGGUCCCGAGUCCGAUGUAUCCCCUGCCGGUCAUGCUCCAGGCAGUGAUGAAACAAACCAGGAUCAGACAGAUGACACCAACAUGGAUCGCCCAGGUAGAAGCACCGCGUCGGAGGUGUCCGAUGAGGGAUCCGCUGGAACCCGUUCCGAACAGCAAAAGGCUGGGGGGUCUCUCUACCGAAACUCCGUCUCUUCGUGGCUUCAACCAGGACGACGAUGGAAAGGAAACAUUUGCAUACCUGGUGACUCCAGAGGUAUUUCAUUUCUUGCACCGUCAUAUGGUAAUUGCCUGUACAGAUAUUACAGUUUAUUUUUUGUUAAUGCAAAGCCAAAGCGGAUAGUCUAGAAUUAGAAAAGGGAGUCAUUCAGUUGUCCCUUCCACGACGUCCCGAUCAGGUACAUCGGGUGUGGAUUAUUAUUUCAACAUGUGCGACCGUCCUUGGACGCGAGCGCCUACGUUUGUGCUGCAGGAAAUGAGUGAUAACAGUAUCGGUGGCAUCUUCUACGCUCUACACUCCGAUGAUACGGACGCGCAGUUCGUGCGGGUCGUUGUCGAAGACGACACUUCGGAUCCUAACUGCGCAGAACUUUUCUGGCACGACUUCGAAACUGAAUGCAGAGGUAUCUUAGAUUACCUGCUCUUUUUGCCUGCACAGCUGUGUUUUCUCUAAGUAAAACGAAUUUGGGUUUCUUUGCACAUAGAAGUAGUUCGUCAGUCACACACCUCUCAGUCAAAAUGUUCUUUCUCCAUAAAUUGAAAUUUCAAAAACUGUGCUACUUCUUCUAGCUACUUUUUCUUGAUGAUCCGACCUUUUCCAUAAAAAUUUCAAGAGCCGUACUAGGUACGCUGGACUAUGCCACUGGUCGCAUCCGUGGUAGUGUUCAGCAAUUGCGUGACAGCAGUGAGGAAGGCUUUUAUCACCCGCAAAAAGCUGGCGAAAGUAGUGUUUUUACCCUAGAUCCGUGCGUGGCCGAAGAAGAUAUUCGAAAUCAAGAACGCAACGAAAAGCGAACGAGGUAUAAUGUUAUGGAGGACAAUGCUGUGCUGACCUAUCAUGCUGAAAAUGAAUCUAACGCUUUUGAUGCUUUUAACAUUGCUUCUAUAGAUUUUGUCUCUACAAGUUAUAGCACUUUUUUCGGGUUAUAAUUUUUUAGUAUUAGAUAGGAGACCGCGCCUCCACCUCGACGGGAAAGCACCGGAUUGGAUAGUCCUUUUUUGUUGUUAUUUUGAUUUUCUAAGAAUCUUGACUGCUACCGGAAUCAGCCUCCAGCGUCAUUGGAGCUGGAACGACGCAAAUUACUGAUGGAAAUCGUCGAUAUUUGGGCAAAUUACUGUCAGGAACAGGCUGAGCCACCGACUAUUCCCAUUGGUAAAAAUUAUAUCCACCUACUAUUCGUCCGAUCGCUGGUAAAAUUUACACCAAGAAUGUUUAGUAGGGUUCACUAAGGCUGAUCCACCUUACACCAAGAAUCCAAGAAUGUUUGGUACCUUCUCGUUGUCAUCGAAGAAUGUUGAAUGAAUUUCGGCAGACACAAAGCUACUUUGAUUUUCGGACCUACCUAGAAACAACAAAUAUCCGCGAAGCGAGUAUCUCUCUCUUCCUUAAUCUCAUCCUUUCCAGCCAUGCGCUCCACCGAAAAACACAAACAGCAAUGUCUGAGGCGAUGCCUUGGGCGCAAUUGUACGAAACGUCAUUUCUCUUUCCGAAGAUGCUACAGACAGAUUUUAGGGACAUUCGCGAGGUGUUGAAGUACAAAGUCUUUUAUACACUCGAAGAAAAAAGGCAGUGGAUUCGCAAGAUCAACGGAACUGGUCCAGUCAGCCGGACACGCUUAGACGCGCACAAGGCAUGGUUUGAGUGCAGGUAUUGACAGGAGGAUCUUCAAACUUCUUAGGGAAUCGAAUCAAGGGCAUGAACCCGUUUUUACGUAUUUGAUGUUGAGAUUGAGAUCAUGUUAAUCCGUAGUUCACUUUUAAUGAGACAUAAUUUUCCCGCCGCAAUUCCUACAAACACUAACUGCACUCACUGCCAAAAAAUAUUUAGUUAUCGAAUACGACCAGGAACUGCGUCCAAGUAAUGCUGAGCAAGUUCUCGAGUUUCAUUCCGAGACCUCCUAGCCACAGGGCAGAGGCCAAGCGUAUCCAGACCGAAGAUGCUCGCUUGAAACGGCUAUUCGAAUCCAUAGAUCUGGAAUUGCGCUCUCUAAUGGUACGUGUGUCACAGGCAGAACUCGCUGCGAUGAAAAUCACGAUCGAAGAAGGGAGCUGCUUCUCUGCAAGUAAGACGCUUCUUUUUUGUCAAAAUCAAGAUUUACAUUUAGUCGCACCUACUGAAGUCUUCCGACUGAGUUUUUGUCACCAUUCAUUGUUUGAUGGGUUGAUGUCAUGUUAUAAAUACAGACAUCUUGAUCCCUCAGGUGUCAACGACGCGGUUUCCAAUUUGUGCGCAAUCUGCUAUACCGAUUUCGAUGAGGACGGAGAGGAAGCAGACGUGCUGCGCUUUAGAUGUCGGCACUAUUUCCAUUACAACUGCGCAGAGCAUUGGCUCCGGGGCAAGAGUCAGUGUCCAACGUGUAGGUGCGAGUGUGCCAAACCUCUGGAUGAAUAA